AUGGCAACAAAGGAACAAGUUCAUGGGUGCAUUAUAAAGGGAGAUGUUGAAGGUUUACGUAAUUUGGGUGAUUUAUCAGCUGUGAUUAACGAGACCAUUCCGACAACAUGUCCCGAAGGUGCUUAUUCCUUGUUGUUUUCUGCUGCUGGAUUUGAUAAUUUGGAAAUUGUCAAAAUAUUGUUGGAUACACAAGGUAUUGUUGUUGAUCAAGGAGUAGGUUUGAUUGUUUUUUGUAAUUUUUGUGGAUUUGAAUUUGUUUUUAGCAAAUCUAUUGUAAAGUGGGGAAAUGAAGAUUCUCCUCUCUAUAAUUCAUUGAGAAGAAAAAACUUUGCACUUGCUAAACUUUUACUUCGUGCUGGAGCUACAAUUGAUUCCAGUGUCAGAUCCUUUAUAGAUAUUGAUAUUGAUAAAUUGAAUGAGGAAGCUUUGGCAGAAUCUAACUAG